GGUUGCUAAGCGACCCGAGCCUUGUCUCUGUAUAGCGCGACGCAUCUUUAACUUUUUACCUUUGAUCAUUUGUUACAUGGAUUAAAAUUAUACUUGUCGUUUGGGUACGAUCAUGCCAGUGACAAUGAUUAAAGAUGGCGAGUAUACGGCCACCGUGUACAAAAUGAUCAAAGAGGGGCGAUAUGGAGACGCGAUUCAUAUUUUGAGCAAAGAACAUCAGAAACAUACCAAAUCCAGGGCUGCCCUGUCACUCCUCGGCUAUUGUUAUUAUCACAUGCAAGACUUUACUAAUGCAGCAGAGUGCUAUGAACAGCUGACACAGCUUCAUCCAGAGGCGGAGGACUAUAAACUCUAUUAUGCCCAGUCUCUCUAUGGAGCAUGUGCCUUCCCAGAGGCCAUGAAGGCCACAUUCCUAUUGGACAGCUCAACUAAUCAUACUAAGAUGAUCAAAUUGCAAGCUGCUAUCAAAUAUGGCGAGGAGGACUUUGCAGGUGCAAAGACAUUGGUGGAGCAGUUGCCACAGGAGGACCCCGACUAUGAUGUGGAUCUUGGGUGUUUGCUCUAUAAAGAGGGAGAGUAUGAAGAAGCUUGCAAGAAGUUUAUGUCGUCGAUGAAUGUACUAGGCUACCAGCCAGAUUUGGCGUACAAUAUAGCGCUGUGUUACUACAGUUUGAAGCAGUAUGCUGCAGCACUCAAGUAUAUUGCAGAAAUUAUUGAGCGUGGAAUCCGAGAGCAUCCAGAACUUAGUAUCGGCAUGACAACGGAAGGCAUUGAUGUAAGGAGUGUUGGCAACACUCUUGUCCUGCACGAAACUGCUUUGAUUGAAGCCUUUAAUCUGAAAUCGGCUAUUGAAUAUCAGCUGAAAAACUAUGCUGCAGCACAAGAGGCUCUGACUGACAUGCCCCCUCGAUCGGAAGAGGAACUGGAUCCAGUCACUCUUCACAACCAGGCACUAAUGAACAUGGACACCAAGCCCACAGAGGGUUUCGAGAAACUUGCUUUCCUACUUCAGCAGAACCCCUUCCCUCCUGUCACAUUUGGCAAUUUACUAUUGCUGUACUGCAAAUAUGAGUACUUUGACCUCGCUGCUGAUGUUCUGGCUGAAAAUGCCCAUCUCACUUACAAAUUUCUCACACCGUACCUGUUUGAGUUCCUGGAUGCCAUGAUCACAUGCCAGACGGCACCUGAGGAGGCUUUUCGAAAAUUUGACGAAAUUGCAGGAAAAUUGACUGAGCAACUACGCAAGGUUACGAAGCAGGUGCAGGAAGCGAGACACAACCGAGAUGAUGACUCCUUAAAAAAAUAUGUUCAAGACUAUGAUGAAGUUCUUGAGAGAUACAUUCCUGUAUUAAUGGCUCAGGCCAAAAUCUACUGGAAUCGUGAGAACUACAGCACGGUGGAGAAGAUCUUCCACAAAUCCCUGGAGUUCUGCAAUGAGCAUGAUACUUGGAAACUCAAUGUUGCUCAUGUGCUCUUCAUGCAAGAUAACAAAUAUAAAGAAGCCAUUGGGUUCUAUGAGCCUAUCGUUAAAAAGCAUUAUGAGAAUAUCCUUAACGUCAGUGCAAUUGUUCUUGCAAACCUGUGCGUGUCAUACAUCAUGACCAGUCAAAACGAAGAGGCUGAAGAACUGAUGAGGAAGAUCGAGAAAGAAGAGGAGCAAAUCUCUUAUGAUGACCCAGACAAAAAAAUAUUUCAUUUGUGUAUUGUUAAUCUUGUAAUAGGGACUUUAUAUUGUGCUAAAGGAAACUAUGACUUUGGCAUUUCACGUGUCAUAAAGAGUUUGGAGCCAUACAACAAAAAGCUCGGAACAGACACUUGGUUCUACGCUAAAAGAUGUUUCCUCUCACUGCUGGAAAACAUGGCCAAACACAUGAUCAUGUUGCGGGAUUCAGUGGUGCAGGAGUGCAUUCAGUUUCUGGAGCACUGUGAAUUGUACGGGAAGGAUGUGCCUGCCAUUAUAGAGCAGCCACUGGAGGAAGAUCGCAUGCACAUCGGCAAGAACACUGUCACGUAUGAAUCACGCCUGAUCAAAGCUCUCUUCUAUGAAGUCACGGGGUGGAAUGAGUGAUCCUUGCAGAUAUGUUUGUAUCUGUGUUAGAACUGAAUAUUGGCCUUAUAUUCAGCACAGACCACAGCCACGGUUUUAUCACUGGAAUUUUAUUUGAUGUGUCAUUAAAAUACAGCUCUUGAAAAUGUAGUAACACAAGCCAAAUUGAUUUAAUUGGGGUUUGAUGUACAGUAAAAGGGUUUCUGUACUUUCUAAACCGCUUUUUAAAGAUACUGCUGUUUCUGGACUGUGGUCAAACAUGUAUUUUUAAGCAUGUUUAUGUAAUAAUACACCACCAGGGGUUCAUACCCUCCAAACCUGAACGUUUAGUUAAAGCAGAGAGAUUAUAUUCACUGAAGAUGG